AUGGAGGAGGUCUUGGACAUCAUCCCCCCUCCAGAAGUCUCCCUCGAAUCCCAAGGAAAGGCGCCUGGCCGCGACCGUCUCAUCGGGAAGCGUAUUCUGGUCGUCGGCGGCGGCCAAUCAGUCAACACCUUCGACGACAACCCACCUAUCGGCAAUGGACGUGCAUCCUGCGUGCUCAUGGCACGUGAGGGGGCCACAGUAGUAGUAGCGGACCUUUCCGCAGAAGCCGCCCAAGGCACCGUCGACAUAAUCGAGAAAGAAGGAGUCGGAAAGGCUCACAUGGUCAUCGGAGAUGUCUCGACACCAGAAGGCUGCUCGGGUAUCAUUCAAGAUUCGUUGAAGGCCUUGGACGGGCAGUUGGAUGGGUUAGUGAUCGGCGUUGGAAUUGUGGGAGCCGGCGCGUCGAUACCGCACUACUCUGCCGCCUACUGGGACCGAGUGAUGAAUAUCAAUGUCCGCUCGCACUUCUUGAUACUCCAAGAAGCGCUGCCGUAUAUCGAGAAGCAACCUGCGGGUGGAUCGGUGGUGUCAAUCAGCUCCAUCUCGCAAUACCUGCCUGCUUCGACGGAGCCUGCGUACAACGCAUCGAAGGCAGCGCUUUCGAUCCUCAUCAAGAAUGUAGCGUAUCAAUUCGCUCCUCGUGUGAGGGUGAAUACGGUCGUGCCUGGGUUAAUUGAUACGCCUAUGGGGCGAAGUUCAGGAACGAAGAUCAAGGGUCGUAACGCGAGUGCUGUACCACUGGCACGGCAAGGAUCGGGCUGGGAUAUAGGGUAUGCCGUUACGUUUCUAAUGAGUGGAGAAAGCUCGUUCAUAACCGCAACGGAUAUGAUUGUGGAUGGUGGUUAUGUCGGUAUGGGAAGUAAGACAGCGAAGAAGCCAAAUCAAGAGACAGGGGUAUCGUAG